AUGAGUUGCAACUCCAUCUGCAUAUCGUCAGCACUUCUAGAUAAAUUAUUGAGUGGAAGUGUGUCCAAUUCCUCUACGUCGUCGCACAAUAUAGUGUACGAACCAGGACUGGACCAUCAGCUGAUUGGAGACAGCCAGUUCUGUAGGUUCGGUGAACAGCUGUUGGGACUUCGAAGGGUGCCUACACCAAAUUCAUCUGGCCGGAUAGGAAUCUGCGUCAGCGGUCAAACUAUAUCCGACCUCCAUAGGAGAGUGAAAGAGAAGGUUUAUCCGAUAUCGAACAAAGUCAUCCUUAUGAUUGGGACGAAUGACUUUUUGAAGAAUGCAGACAUUUCAAAAAUGUGUAGGGAACUGUCUGCACUCAUCAAAACCCUGCAGGAGACUGUAAGCAGUAUAAUACUACUGACCCUGCCACCUAUACCCAAGCUGGAGAAAAAAUACGGUACUAGUCACUUCAAACUCUUGGAGAAAUACAAUAGUCACAUCCGUAGCUUGGAAAAUGAAGACUAUGUAAGGAUAGCCGACAUCUGCCCACUGUACCUGAGUUCUUCUCCACGCCAGAAAUGCCUUAUGCAUUUGUUUGAACA